ACUCUCACUCCUACUCCUUUCUCUCUCUCUCUCUCUCUCUCUCACUUAAAACCAGCACCCACCCAAAACCCAAAACACUCUCUCUGCAAGAGAGAGAGCCAAGCAACCACCCCUACCCAAUCCAAACCACAAUGGCCAAUACAUUUCCCACUUCCCAUCGUGCCGCUACAGCCGUCCUUUAUUUCCUCCUCCUCCUCUCCUCGUCCUCCUCCAUCCACGCCCUCAACAUCUCCACCCUCCUCUCUCCCUUCCCCGACCUCUCCUCCUUCGCCUCCCUCCUCAACUCCUCCAUCUCCUCCGACCUCCUCCCCCGCUCCUCCCUCACCCUCCUCGCCGUCCCCAACUCUUUCCUCUCCUCCACCUCCUACCUCACGCGCCGCCUCUCCCCUUCCUCACGUGCCGACGUCCUCCGCUACCACGUCCUCCUCGAGUACCUCUCCCCCUCCGACCUCCUCCGCCUCCCUCCCUCUGGCAAGCUCGUCACCACCCUCUUCCAAACCACCGGCCGCGCCACCAACAACUUCGGCUCUGUCAACCUCACCCGCGACCCCUCCACCGGCGUCGUCUCGAUCCACUCCCCGGCCCCCUUCUCCCCCUCGAACGCCACCGUUUUAUCCCUCGUCACAAACCUCCCGUACAAUGUCUCCAUCUUUUCCGUUAAUUCCCUUUUAGUCCCCUACGGAUUCGACCUCAUGGCCUCCGAGACCCACCCGCCACUCGGCCUCAACAUCACCAAAGUCCUCAUCGACGGCCACAAUUUCAACGUCGCAGCCUCCAUGCUCGCAGCAUCCGGCGUCAUCGAGGAGUUCGAGGCCGACGAGGGCGGCCCCGGAAUCACCCUCUUCGUCCCCACUGACACGGCGUUCUCCAAUCUCCCAUCCACCGUCCGCCUCCAGUCCCUCCCGGCCGACAAAAAAGCGGUAGUUCUCAAAUUCCACGUCAUCCACUCCUACUACCCGCUCGGUUCGCUCGAGUCGAUUGUGAACCCGGUCCAGCCCACAUUGGCCACGGACGACGGCGGAGCCACGUCGUACACUCUCAACAUCAGCAGAAUCAACGGCUCAAUGGUGAUCAGCACCGGGAUCGUCCAGGCCAUGGUCACCCAGACGGUGUUCGACCAAAAGCCCGUAUCAAUUUUCGGGGUUUCGGCGGUUUUAUUGCCCAAAGAGAUAUUCGGGAAAACCCCGGUUUUUGCAAAACCCGGGCCUCCGUUAUCGGGGGCUCCUCCCCCCAACAUUGCACUAUCGCCGGAGAGCCUCAAUGAGCCUCCGUCGAACCUCUCUUCGCCGCCGGACUUUCGCGAAGAGAUCGGAUCGGAUGCUGCUGCUGCUGCUGCAAUCAAUGGGUUGCGGAGCUUGUGGAUUGCAUCUUGUUGUAUAGGAUUGUAUUUAAUGGUAUGAGAUUAAAUUUUUGCUAUUUUUGGUUCUCAAUUGUUAGAUUUUUGGUGGGUUUUUUUUUCACACAUUGAAUUGAAUUGGGCUACAAAAAGCAAAGAAGCCAUUUUUGUUUUUAAUUUGUUGAAAUUUAUGAUGUUAAAAUUGUGUUAAUGUCUGAAUAAUUUUAUGUAAAUCAGAAGAAAGAACAAUUUUUGUUUCUUUUUUUAAGUUUCUUGGAUCUGGUGUUUUCUCCUGUGAAGAUAUUCAAAGUUUGAU